AUUUUCUCGCGAAACAGAUAAAUUUACAAAGGGAGAGAAAAUCGCGGAGGAAACAAAAAAAAGAGAAAAAUGGCCCUUCUGUGAUUAUUCUCUAUAAUUUCUAGAUAGAGAGAGAGAGGAAAAAGAUUAGUCUUUUUAUUAUUUUUUUUUUUAAUUUUGCUCUUGAAAGAAAAAGAAAAAAAUAAAGAAUAAUAAUAAUACGUUCUCGCCAUUUGCGCCAUUGAUUAAUUCAAGUGCGUAGAAGUAGAGGUAAACCACACAACUUGCUGCUUCUUCUGCAUUUCAAAGCUCUGAUUUUUUCUCUAUGCAAAACUAAACUCUUUUGAUGCAAGUCAAUUAUUGUAUUUUUUUUUUUCCCCAUCCUAAAACUUUGAUGGUAAACCUACAACAACAAAGCUUUGAUCUUUUAGGGUUUUCUAGAGUGUGGUGAUUCAGUAAACUGCAUUAUUUAUCCGUGGUCCAAAUUUCGAUCUGAUCUCCGGUGGUGAGCAAAAAAGAAGAAAUGGGUGAUACAGAGAAGUGUAGUAACACCACUGAUCAUAUGAUCCAGAGACUUCACUCUUCUUUCGGCACCUCUUCUUCUUCCACUCCCAAACAUGCUACUGCCCCCAUUCAUCAUCAUCAGCAGCAGCAGCAGCAGCUCGAUUUAAACCCUAAUUUCCUCCGCUCUUCUACUACUCCUACUAGUCCUCAAUUCCCCCAAUUCUCCAAGCCUUUCAGUGACUGUGCCAAACGAAUCGGUGUUCCUCCCUCUCACCCUAACUUAAUCCCACCACCGACUUCUCCCUUUUCUCAGAUCCCCACCUCCCGACAACCCGCUUCUCUCCAUUCUCAUUCACGCUCGUUGUCUCAGCCCAACUCUUUCUUCUCCUUCGAUUCUUUGCCUCCUUUAAGCCCUUCUCCCUUCCGCGAUUCUCUCUCCGCCGCGCAACUACCAGAUCACGAUGUCUCCAUGGAGGAUCCUGAUUCCGCCGGCUUUUCUUUGCCUCCUUCAUCUCCCUUCACCAGGUGUAAUAGCUCCACCUCUUCUACCUCCUCCGUAAGAGCCGGUGAGAGUCUACCUCCCAGGAAGUCUCAUAGACGCUCCAGCAGUGAUAUUCCCAGCGGCUUUAAUAACUCCAUGAAUUCGCUGCCUUUGAUCCCUCCAAGACCUUUGGAGAGGUCUUUUUCUGGUGGGGAAUGUGCUGAUUGGUCAAAGUCGGCUCCUUUUGUCAAGAAGGAAUCAAGCUGCGAUAGGGAAGGCGUCGGAGACAGAGAAGCCAUGGAUGAUCUCUUCUCUGCAUAUAUGAAUCUUGAAAACAUUGAUGUAUUGAACUCCUCCGAAGCUGAGGAUAGCAAGAACGGAGGAGGUACUAAUGAGAAUCGGGAUGAUAUGGACAGCAGCAGGGCAAGCGGAACCAAGACUAAUAAUGGUAGUGAUACGGAAGGAGAGAGCAGCAGCGUGAACGAGAGUGCCAAUACAGGAGUCAAGAGAAGAGCCGCCGGAGGAGAUAUUGCUCCUACCACCAGACAUUACAGGAGUGUUUCUGUCGACAGCUGUUUCAUGGAGAAGUUGUCUUUCGGUGACGAAUCACUCAAGCCGCCUCUUUCUCCCGGUACUAUCUCACGGAAAGUUUCCCCUACUAACUCGGUUGAUGGGAAUUCGGGUGCUGCUGCGUUCAGCAUUGAGUUUAAAAACGGUGAAUUUACUGCUGCGGAAUUGAAGAAGAUCAUGGCUAAUGAUAAACUAGCAGAGAUGGCCAUGUCUGAUCCUAAGCGUGUCAAAAGAAUCUUGGCAAACCGUCAGUCAGCAGCACGAUCAAAGGAGAGGAAGAUGCGGUACAUAGUUGAAUUGGAGCACAAAGUUCAGACUCUUCAGACCGAGGCUACUACAUUGUCUGCUCAGCUCACGCUUUUGCAGAGAGAAAUGAUUGGGCUGACAAAUCAGAACAAUGAGCUCAAGUUCCGUCUUCAAGCAAUGGAGCAACAAGCGCGUCUUCGUGAUGCUCUGAACGAAGCACUGAAUGGGGAAGUCCAGCGACUGAAACUGGCAAUCGGUGAGACCAGCCACAACGGAUCUGAGAGAUCAAAGAUGCAAUCACUCAACGCAGAGAUGUUCCAGCAACUCAACAUCAGCCAGUUAAGACAGCAGCCACAACAGUCUUCGCAGAACCAGAAUGGAACUAUGGCGUUGGCAACAAAACCUGAAUCUAAUGAAUAGAGCAGACAAGUUGUUGCGGUGGUGGUUGGAGUUUUUAGUUUUGAAGUUACAUAUCAAAAGCAAACAUUAUAUUUUUAUUUAUGUGCAGAGUCAGUUGAAUUUACACAUAUAUAUAUAUAUAUCAUAUAAGGCGCAAGUCCAAGAGAUUUAAUUUUACAGUAUGUUAUUUUAGAGAGAAAAAAUUCAAUUUAUGGUAGAUAUGUCCUGGUCAUAUAUAUGUAAUGGAUGUAAACUCAAAGACUCGAAAAUAAUAGAUGCUGAAAACUUGUACUCUUA